AUGCCUAAAGGAGAUCUCAAGGUCAAGUUCCCUUCAAGUAACUUCACCAAAAUGUUCCCUCUCGAGGAGAUCGACGACAACUCCUGGAUGACCGGCCAGGUCAUCAUCUCUCGCCAGGCCUCUGAGCCAGAUGGACCAUGCUGGGGUGAUGGUCAAGGUGCCUUCUUCACCAUCUCGGAGGCACCGAGCCCAAAGCCCCAAACCCGGCCUCUCUCAGAUUCUUGCCCCAUCUUCGAAAUGUCCAGUGGAAGCGUCACUUCGGGAAUGGGAAUAUUUGAGGUCGGUCACGCCUUUCUGACAAUUCAUCAGAAUAUCGGAACUCCUGAGCACGUCACUCUGGAAUGGCUGAAGGGAAAGGAUCUUUCAUUCCAAGUCCCCGAGGUCUACUACCACGGCGUCCACAGUGAUCAUUAUUACCUGGUCUACAGCGCUAUGCCCUCCGGACAGAAUCUCGUACACGCCUGGGCUGAGAACAAGGAUUACGCGACCAUGUUGCGAUGGACUGACCAGAUUGCUGACGCCUGUAUUGAGCUAUCCAAAUGGUCUGGCAGCGCUAUCACUGGCGUUGACGGUGGUCUCCUGGUUGAUCAGUAUCUAUACAAACCAACCACGGAUUAUGCAAGCGUUCAUGAUCCUGAGAACCUUCGCGAAACCUGUCAGGAAAUUCCGCUUGAUUGCUCUGAGAUCGUUUUUGCCCUCAACAAUGUCCAUCCGCUUGCUUUCACGGUCAAUGAGCAAGGCUUGGUGGGCAUCAGCUCCUGGCGUCAUGCUGGCUUUGUCCCCAAGGAUUGGGUUGGAACCAAGGUCUACUGCAACAGUUGCUUUUAUUCAGUCGAUGCCUGUCGUGAACUGUGGUCGGAAGCUGAUUUCGGUAAUUGGGGGCGUCUUAUCAAGGAGGCUUUCAAGAAUAGAGGCUUCAAGGACUGUUGGCAUGACUAUUCCAAGUGGAACUCUGACAAGGUGGAUGAAGGAGGACGGUAUGCCGAUGGGGCUGUCUGA